AUGAAUGCAGAUUUGAAACAGUUUAUUGCAACAUGUGAGAUGUGUAACACAUAUCCAAAUGCACAACAGAAAGAAUUUCUAAUGUCUCGUGAAUUAGCUGAUAGGCCAUGGCAGAAAGUACAUGAAGACUUAAUGACACUAAAAUAUCUUGAUUACUUAGUAACAGUAGAUUAUUUUUCAAACCUUAGGGAAAUAGAUUAUCUAGAAAACACAGAAGCAGCUGCUGUUAUAAGAAAAUUAAAAGCUCAUUUUGCUAGAUAUGGUCUCCCAAUUUCUCUUAUUAGUGACAAUGGACCACAAUUUACAUGUGAGGAAUUCUAUGAUUUUGCUAUAAAGUAUGACUUUGAACACACAACUAGCAGUGCCACAUACCCGCAAUCUAACGGUAUGGCGGAAUCAGCUGUUAAGUUGGCAAAGACAUUGAUUAGGAAAGCCGUAGAAAGCGGUAAAGAUCCAGAUUUAGCCAAUUUAGAAUAUAGAAACACACCCGCCCAAGACAAAGAAUGUAGUCCAGCACAAUAUAACUUAGGUAGAAGAACACGAACAUUACUACCAAUGUCUAGUAAGCUUCUCCAGCUGUAA